UCGACCAGCUUUCCUCGGAGCCAGUCGGAUGCUAGACGCGGUACGAGUCGGUACUUUACCUUCGGCUCGGUUCGGUCCUAAUCGGUUUUCAUCGGCUACUCGUGCUCCUCGUACAUACAAUCAUUGGGCUUGCGACUUGGAUACACUCGUUUCCAUUGUGAAUAUAUAUUUCAUGUAAUUUAACAUUUGUGAAAAAAAACAAUUUUGACUCGAUGAAAAGCGAGGAGCUAACAGAAAAGAACGAAUGACUGACAGGUCGUUGCACUUGCUGCGUCCAAACAGUGUCGACGCUUCGUUAAAUUUCCGUGCAUGAUUUGUGUUUACUGGCCGCGCGUUGUACCGUUAUUCGUGACACUGGUAAACUGCGGAAUUUCGUGACAUCGUGACUCUCAUUGUGUUCGAGCAUUGUGAUCGUUUCUCGAAUUUUCAGACGUUUCAUCGUAAACUCGUUCAAAAUUUAAAUUUCAUUAAAAAAACAACGGAACGAGCUCGUGACAAGAAAGCACAUAGAAACGACCUGUUGUUGUGUUGUGGGAUAGCGAUCCAACAGGAAGACACGUACGUUUCUGUGCCUGUCGAGACUUUAGUAGCCGCUAGAAAAGUGAACAGUGCACGCGGCGACGCGUUUCUGAAACAUUUGAACGCCAGUUCGAAUUUACACUCCAUCGUAUCGUUGGUACGGGUUUAAAGGUCGAAUCUUUUACGGUGGGACAACAGCGAGCCGGGUAAGAGGAAAGGCAUACUCGCGGAAAAAAUUCCAGCAAUAAUGCGUACCGUGAGCGAAGCGAUGAAACAUCGUGCGAUCAGCUGACUAGCCGAGCUAUUCGGCGGUCGUGAAAACUCGGCCGAUAGCGAGAAUCGGCAGAGGAGCGGCAAAAACUCUCAAAAACGACAGCAACCUAGAUUGCCUACUUGUUCUGUUAUGACGUUUGGUACAUCAUUUCACACAGAGAAGUCGCAGUUCGUCGGCGAUAACCCUACUCGGCCCAGCACCAUGGCGGCUGAGGAGGGUGCGCUGAGUGGCGGACUCGGGGCGAAAUUAAAAUGUCCGACCCCUAUAUCACGCUUGAGGGUGGAGAAGAUCGAGGGCGGCCUGAUGGUGGCUGGGGUUGUAAUAGCUGCGAACUGCCAGAUUGCUCUUCCGGCAUUCGGCUUCCUCUUUAUGCUCGUCGGCGCUGUACUCACCGGUGAUCGAACUCGACGAUGGCAAUGGAGCGUUUAUGUCACGAAGAGGAAAAAGAAGAAAAAGGAAGAAGAAGAAGAGGAGGAGGGGGAAGGAGGAGGAGAGAGAGGAAGAAGAGGUGGCGUGGAAGAAGAAGAAACGAGGGAAGAAAGAAGGUUCACUAACGGGCAACAGCUGGCCGUUUACUCGUUUGGCCACGGUUUCUUGGAUACAGCUGCGUCGUAUCGUGGCCCAGGGGAGGACGAGGACAAGGACUCGUACGCUGCUAGGAUCGCGUUCACAGGAAAUUCGCGGAUCCUUGGACCUAUUUGUAUAGUCGUGGGCGCCCUUAUGCUCGCCCUGGGCGUGCUACUCUGCAUGCUCACCAGAAGGGCGAGAAGAAGGGAGCGCAGGGUCGGCUUCCAUUGCCCCCUCCACGGCGAUUUUUACCCCGUUAGUCCUGUCCAAGGUGUCAAGAUGCUUGGAUUGUCGGGGAAGAAUGUUAGCGGCUGGUCGAAAAUUCCUUGUCUAAAGGGUCGUUCCUCGAGCAAAGGGAGCUCAUCCUCUGGCGGGCACGUCGGCCCCCCGCAAUGUCCCCACUCGGUGUUGAGCAGCACUCGAAGCUCGGUGAGCAGUUCGCCAUUGAGCCCUUGCCCAACGCCGAUGCCAUUUUUGGUCACUUCAGGCUCGGUCAGUAGCGGGAUGGUGCAAAGUGUCGGUGCUAAUUUAUCCCCGGACCAAACAUUCGGAUCGAUUCGAUCGCUGUCAGUUACGAGAGAAGUGGCCAGUUUCCCUCUGUCGAGAACGCCUACGCCGCCCCCGCAACACAGAUCAUCCACACUGACGAAUCCAGAGGAUCUAGUAAAUGUCGGAAGUCCCCUGAGGGAAGCAUCGCCGCGGCCGGAAGUACGGGUGGUUGCACCCGCACAUCGACCUCCCUCUGUCCUUGCGACGGUCAACAACACAAACAACACCAACAACGGAUCUGCGAAUCGCAAAUCGGUCAGCAUACUGCUUCCCGAACACUCGAGUGGAUGACCCCAACAGCAACACGGCUUUGUGCAUCGUUGCGACAAGGACCCUCCAACGAUUUAGGAAUCCAACGGAAACGAAACGACGAAGGAUAGAAGCAACGAUGACGAGGCUCGAUUGCGCGACGAACGAGACACGAGAUAUUCGUCGGACAAUCGGCGAACAUCGGCGGACAUCGGCAAACAUCGGCAUCGCCAGCCGAAUCUAGCCGAACUUAACCGAGCCGCGACGAUGAUUCGCGAGCUAUUCAUUACGGGCAUUCGUUCUUGGCAGCCAGAUCUCUGAAAAAGUGGUCCAUCGAUAUUCGUGACUAAUAUAAGAUUAAACGAAAUGGACAGGCGAAGUUAAUUCACGCUAUUGGCAAACAUUCAAUUAUCGGUUUCGCCCCGCCAGCCGGAAUUGCCGGAUAAUUCACUGCUGCCGGAGCGAUAGCCGAGUAAACGAGCCGUUCGUCUGUAAAUUGCUUUAAAACUGUCUAAAUUCAUUCGCGUUAUAUCUCGUAGAAUGUCUUGUUUUGUUUUGUUUUUAUUUAAGCGCUUACUGCUCUGUCACCGUAUGCACCGUAUAUAUACGAAAGAGAAAUGUAUCGAGGAUCUUCUUAUAAAGAUAAUAUGUUCUAUAUGAUGAAAACGACGUUUACUUUCUUCGAUGGACGUGGAAAGAUUUGCGGAAGCGUAACAACUUUGAAUUCACAAUUUGUAAUUAAAUUCGUAAUUGUAUUAUUCCCAAGAUCCAGUGGAAGCUCAAAUUCUUUUUAGCGUAUCUUGAGAGUAAUAUUGAGUAAUUUGUCGAAUCUUGCACGAUCUCAUACCGUAUAAUAAGAAAUAUAAUCCUGCCAUUCGAGGUGAUAUAGAUUUCUUAUCUCUUCUUUUUCUGCAAAAAAUAUAUACUUCUUUUUGUUUACAUUGCAUUUAUUUCGCUAUUUCAGAAAUGUGAAACAGUGUGAUCGAUGCAAGAAGUUGUGAAUGAAAUGAAACGUGCAAGAGAUUCAAAUUGUAUAACAUCGCAUUGAAACAAUACACAUCGAAGUGGAACCAUAUCUGCAGAUCGUGUGUGUGAAAACAAUAAAAAAAAAAAAGUUCAUACACGAACUUAUUAACUUUUCUUAUUAUUUUCACCUGCAAAAUCAUCUAUCGUAGAAAUGAUUCCAGAAAUGAUGUUGACAAGACAUUGUAUAAAAUAUAAAAGUGAAAAUUAUCGAUUGCCAAAAUUUAAAUUGACGAUUACAAGGAAAACAUCUGCCAAGAUUUCUUGAGAUUCUUGUUUUAACCAAGAUAUGAAGCUGACUAUAUUCUAUCGUCAUCUUAUCGAUAUUUAUAGGUUGGCCCAGAUUUAUGCAGCUUCGGUCGACGUGGAAAUCAAAAGCUUCGAAACAAGUCCCGAGAUGAUUCAAAAUGGCGAUUCUCAGCGACGAAAGGUUAUCGAAGUCAAUGUUUGUUAGUUGAGAUACGACGAAAAAGAUAGGAUUCGUUGCUUUCUGGCGCAUAUUUAUAAUUUAAUCAUCUCUUCUUUCGUUUUCUCGUGUAAUUCUCGAUAAAAAAGAUUUCCACAAUGUUUGUGUUACAUCUCAUCUCGAAUAUUCCUCGCUUCUCUGAAUUUCUUUGCGACAACAGAUAGAAUGAUCCGAUUAAUGAAAAAUCUUUUCGUAAUCGAAAAUUGUAACGCUUCUUGGAAACGGUAUGGUAAAUAAGAAGUGUCGAUUCAACUUAAUGUUAAGUUUAAGAAGGCAGUAUUACAUGUCGUAUUAAAAAUUGUUAUUAAAUUUUUCACAUCGAAAAAAAAAAAGGGAGAAUUAAGAAUUGAACCAACGUAUAUCCAUUGACAAUCCAAUUUAUUGGACGAAUUAUCUAAAUCCUUUUCUUUCUCGAUUCGAUCGUAUGUUAAAAUGGAAAGAUAAAAUAUGAACGAAAAUUGUAAAAAAAAAAAAAAAAUAUUACGACAGGGAUGGAUAUCAGAAUUUUGAACGCACUAAACGUUUUUUCCAUCCCUGAAUUUUAUAAAUACGACAAUCAAAGAAAUCCAAGAAAUCAUUCUGAGCAAAUUGUUGCGUUCAUUGUGGCUAUAUAUAGUCACACGAUAAUAAUAAUAAUAAUACAUUGUUCUUUCCUGUUGUAAUAAUAAAACACUGGAAAGUUACAAGACAGUUUAAUGAAAGAUUUCGAGAAAUCUGAGAAAAAAUUUAUGCUUAUAUAUAUAUAUAUAUUCACGAAGACAUCGACUGUUAAUUGACUGUAUGUAAAUUUAUAAAAAAAAUGUCAUUCCACUGCUGCUCCAAUUUAUGUAACGAAAAAUGAAAAAUCGAUUUUACACAUAGUGCAUUAUCGUGAUAUAAUAAUAAUAAUUUAAUAUCUUCGUUUUCAUCCGAGAAAUCGUUUAAAAAAAAAAAAAAGAAAAAAGAAAAAAACACAAUAAGAUUUUUACGUAUAAUAAGAAUAAUCGAAUCGCACAUCGUGCGUUAAUAAUAUACGAAUAUACGACUCGCUCGAUUGCCAUCAUUAAAUACGAAGAAGAAAGCAUGACGAACAAAAAAAAUAUGCUCAGAAACUAGUUUAAAAAGGGGAAGAAAAAAUUGAUCUGAUAAAGGAAAAAAGAAUAAAAAAACACCAAAAAAACUGUAAGCGUUUCGCAAAAAAAAAAAAAAAAAAAAAAGAACACAAGCGAUCCCGUAUCUCUUUUGUCAUCUUAGGUAAAUUAACAAAAUUUCACCCUCUGAUAAGAUCUAGCUAUGAGUUUUGCCCACGAUAAUAAUUAUGUAAUCGCAAAAAAGAAAAAAAGGAAAAAAAAGAAAAAAAGAAAAAAACGCUUAGGUGAAAUUAAUCGAGAAAAAAAGACUCCUAGGAUUCAUUGAAAAAUCCUUUCGAUGGUGCUUCGUGGAUUAGUGCUUCGAUCGAGUAUGUCGAGAAGAAAUCGUUAAACGAAUACUUCGAAUAGGAAAUUAUCGUGGGCACUAAUUACACAUAGUUUUUAAGAUUCUAAACUUAAGGUUAACGAAGCAUACGAAUCGUUCAUAAUUCAUUGUCUGCUCGCGUAUGUGAAGAAAAGAUCGUCAUUCGUUCAAUAGUUAAUGCAUAUAAAUAGCAUUGGACCAGUAUCGACGUGUUUCACUGUGAAGUGAAAUGAAA